CACGGGAUUGCUAGGGCCUUCGCUUACAUUUGUGUUCUUUCCACACCCAACCAGAAUUUUCCCCUUGUCCUUCUUUUUCCCUUCUCUCCCAAGUCACGCGUAUCAUCCCCCAAACCUUGGAGCUUCACUCCUGAAAGCCCCGAGAACAAAAGCAAACUGUUGUUCUGGAGACAAAAUGGCCGACUCGACGCCAUCCCUUGCCGAGUGGCUCACGGCUGGGCGGUACCUGGACGUCUUGCUCAGCGAUCAAGCCGCCAAGCUGAUUGCCGAGUUUGUUCGGUCGCUUGCUGUCUUGCAGCAACGCCAGGAGCAGCAGCAGGAACGAGCAGCCUUGUCCCCGUCACCAUCGGCUUCAGCAGAUCACCAGGCAGUGAACGACACCGGAAAUGGUGAUGGAGAGGGUUAUGGGGGUGGAGAUGGAUCUGUCUCGGUGCGUGACAGGGUAGCUGUUGGCCUGGCGGCGCUGAACGCCUUUCUGCAAGGCAAUGUCACGGGGCCAGUGCUGGAGGAGAAGAAGGUGCGGGCGCUGCUGCAGGAGAAGUUUCUCCGCCAGGGCCAGGCGGCGUUCGGUGAUACGCUUACGCAAAAAGGGCUGAGGAAGGCUUGUCUGCGGUCGCUGGAGGUGGAUGGCGUCUCGGUGUAUGAGCUUGUCCCGCUGGUGGAGGUGUUUUGUUUGGCGCGUUGGAUUUUUGUUGUUAUCGGUGGUAGUGGCUUUGCUGGUAUUGAGCGACAGGGACGACAGCAGGUUCUGGGGGAGGGUGAGGGGGGAGGAGUGGAGAGGUCGACGAGUUGGCUGGCGCUCAGGGUGCGGGUGUGGCAUUACAAGCUGCUGACGCAGCCUAGUCUGGGGCCGGGGAGUGUUUUCAACAAGGCCUCGCAGUGGUGUGAUGUGCCGAGCUUAAGGGAUGGGAUUGAGAAGGGGCUGGAGGAGGUGGGCGCUGAGGUGCUGGGGGAUGGAAGUCACUGGAGCAGGGUGGAGCAAGUGCAGUUUCUGGUGGAAAAGGCCAAUGUGUGCAUCAUCCUGGGGCAGGACGUCAGGGCCAGGGAGGCGCUGCGCAAGGCGACUGGGCUGAGCGGGUUUGUUUACGCACUGUCGGGUGCGCUGGGGAAAAGGACGAGGUUCCAGGAGAAGAGCACCAGCCAGCUGGUGGUGCUGGCGAAGAGCGGGGAGACGGUGGCGACGGGGAACGAUAAUCAGGCGAGACCCCAGGCGUUGGCACUCAACGAUGACACGCUGCUGGAGAGUCUCGAGUUCACCAAGGAGAAGACGGAAGAUGAGAUGUCUGAGCUCCCUGCGGCGUUGCGCGAUCUCGCACCGGACGAGCAGCCGCAGCUGUCGCCGCUGGAUCAGAUUAUUCUUCUCGCCGAGGCCACCCUGACGGACGCCUUCUCCCCAGCGGACACGCUGACCGCAGAGGAGGUGCUCCCCUUUGCCGUCCGGGUCAUCUCGGACAAGUCUACCAACUGGCAGAUCUACACGCACGCUCUCCUUGUGCGCUCGCGGAUCGAGGUGCAUAGGAGCAGAACCGUCGAGAGAGGCGUGCUGCAGAUGCAGGCUGUUGUGGAUCAGGUCAUCGUUGACACCACGCAACCCUCCGAGACGACCAGGGCAACUGGAGAAGUUUUGGAAGCUGCCGUCCCGGAAAUCCAUGUCACAGCGGACGGAGACGAAGCACACCAGCCCGCCAACAAGCCCACCUCCUUUUUUCCCGCGCCAAUACCUACCGAGUCGGCCCCAGCGCAGGUCCGCCUUGAGCACAUCCAUGCGCUCAGCUCGCCGCCCCGGUGGCACCUCGAGUCGGAGCUGGCCUAUUCGUGGGCCGGCGUCGGCUCGCUGGUCUCGGCGCUCGAAAUCUUCAAGAGGCUCCAGUUGUGGGCCGAGGUCGCCCUCUGCUUUGCCAGUAGCGCUGCCAAAGACGACGAGGGCGGACGCGGCAGCAACGGAGAGGCGAAAGCCAAGGCUGUCUUACGGUGGCGGCUGUUUCACAAGACUGAGAGGCCGACCGACUACUACCAAGGCGCCGUGGAAGAGUCUGACGAGGAGGUUGAUUUGGAUGAUCUGAAGGAGGCGGAUUACCGCGGCCCUGAGCGCCAGCCACCAACCCCUAACGCGCCCCGGCUGUGGUGCAUCCUGGGCGAUAUCGAAAAUGACCCGGGGCACUACGAGAGAGCCUGGGAGAUCUCAAAGCACCGGUUUGCGCGGGCCCAGAAGUCGCUGGGCGAGUACUACCUGCAGCAGAAGAACUUGCAACGGGCUCGGGAGGCCUACCAAAAGGCCGUCGCGGUCAACCGAUUGAGCGCGGAGCUCUGGAACCGGCUGGGCGACAUCAGCCUGCGGCUGGGCGAUUUCUCAGAUGCCGCCGAGGCGUUUAGCCGGGCCAUUGCCGUCUCAGAUAACAUCUCGGGCGGCGAGGACGCCCGCACAUGGAGUAACUUGGGCAGCGCCCUCUACAGUCUUUAUGUAGAGCGUGUUAAAGAAGUCAAGCAACAAAAGAAGGAAGCCCCUCCCGUCGUCGACAACACUACCAUCAAAGCAAGGGCGGCAGAUGACGAAGAAGAGGACCACGACGCACCGGCACCCAAACCUGAUUCCUCCGACCCGUCCACGCUCUUGGCACAGUCCCUGGCCGCCUACAAGCGCGGCGCCGCCAUCGCCCACGACAACUGGCGCAUCUGGGACAAUGUCGUGACCCUCGCCUCCCGCCUGCGGCCCGUGCCUGUGGCGGACCUGCUCCUGGCGCUGCGCAACAUCCUGCGCAUCCGAAACACCGAGGAGGCGCUGGACGUGAAUGUGUUGCGAUUGCUGGUGAACGAGGCGCUGCUUUCGCAGGAGAAGCCGGCGUCUUCAAAGGAAGAUGAGAGUCAAGAUGGAGAUGGCAACGAGGACGGAAGGGGGAAGGGGGAGGGGAAGGGGGUGUAUGAACCGCCCCGGGGAACGACGCAGCGAGCGGUCUGUGACUUCCUCGAGGGCCGGGUCGUCCCACUCGUGACGGUGAGGUCGGAGUUGUGGGAGCUGGUCACGCGGGAGCGGGUGUGGAGGGGGGAUUACGCGGGCGCCGUCGACGCGGCGGAGCGGGCGUGGCGCGCGGCGGUGGGCGGUGUGAGUUCUGGGAGUGGCUUGUUGCCUGGAAGUGGUGCGAAGCACCAGGCUGGGGAGAGUUGGUUCACGGAUCGCGAGGGGUGGAAGACGGUUGUUGAGAGGACGGAUGAGCUGGUGUCGAUGCUGGAGAACUAUGGCGAGGAGGUGCCUGAGAUUGGGCUUCGAUGGAAGGGCAAGGCCCGGAGUGCGGUGAGGAGCGUCAUGGGCAAGGCCAAGGAGAAUUGGGAGGGUAGUGAGGAGUGGGAAAGGCUGGUUGGGUUAUUGGAGGGGUUGAAGUGAGGGUCUCCUGGAGGCAGAGCCUGUGUCGACAGCGGCAUUCGGAAUUGUGCUGGCAGGCUAGAACAUCGGGAUGAGGCGUAGUUCACGGCUCUACUGAAGUGUUCUUUUCAGAUUACACUUGUAACACCUCCUUCAUCGAGAAGAGAGAGUCUGCAAGCAUGCGAGGCAAACAAACAUCAUCAAUCAUCACGACUGGCUGACCGGAGCUUCUCUGGACAAGCAGCCGAGGGGCGUUAGCCGAUGCGCCGUCUGUGCUGUUCUCUGGUUGGCCGACCAUUCGGGCGUCGAUCCCGGCAUGUCGACACCGACCGGGAGGAGUACCGCAAGGGGAACUGGGCGGC